CACACGUCGUCGGUAUGUUACCUACCUAGUACCUUCAUCCAUAUGAAUGUGCGAUAUCUGAAUCCAUGCAACAAACCUCUCACCUAGUAAACUUUCGUACCAUCUCCAAUAUUUUCCUGUUGCCUUUUCUUCUUCUUCCUUCCCUAUUUCAAUCGACGAAUUUCUUGACUUUUUCAUUUUCUUUCUUUUUGUUAGCUUUUUUCGAGUCUGUCAGUUUAUUUGCAACUAUGCGACCGAGUUCAAGUCAGUGCCAUCUUAUCUUUCCCUCAUUGCCAUGGUGAUACGGUACCUAACUAAUAUCGGGGCACAGAUAAAGCUUGAUAUGCGUUGAAAUUUAUUGAUUGCGACGCGUCGACAGCCUUACUCCUUUUUUCCCAGCGCGCCUUGAUAUUUUUUCAGUUUAUUUAAAGCUCGAGUCCUUUUUUGCUCAAAUAUUCUUCGAUUUCGUCGCAUUCAUCUCAAUUGCAACUUAAAAGAUUGGCACCUCGAGAAGUAAUUCCUGCCGCAACUCUACGACUCCGUGCUCUAAUUUCCUCGAUGCGACCUCUCCUUACUUGGGCUUUCUGGCAACUAUUUUCCUAUGGCUGCCUCCCACAGUACGACGAUUCCGAAUACACCAGAUCAAGAUAGAAUCAGCGGUAUCAAUAAUACAAUUGGGAGAAGAAACUUGCCUGGAGCAUGCAAUUAUAGGCAGUCGGAUAUUAGCACAAAAUGUGGAUGUUAUGAAUUCUGGGGCCAAUCUCAAAAAUCUAUAGCCAACGCGACAUUAGAGGAUGGGGGGUUCUCUAGAGCGGAAGUCUGCGCAUGCGGGCAUCAUGUUUGCUUUCAUGAACCUAAAUCUUCCCAGCCAACAGAAGACCAGCGAUCGCGAGCUUUAAGUAAUGUCUCGGGUCCGAAUGUGAAUUCUAUUGCUCGUAGGGCUCAAGUGAACCAUCGACCAUCAACUCCACAAAAUAUGAGCAUACCUGGAAAGGACAAUCCAGGAGUUGCUCGACGGAGUAAGAACUCGAACUUCCCAGAAACACUUCAAUGGAGCCGAUGUGUACAGUCUGAAACCAACCCAGAAGAGAUACCGCCAAUUCCAUCGCAGUGCUUUUUACCCUCAGAGACUGCUUCAAUGACCUCGAGCCAGGCUAGACGGCCUUUUCAUGGCUUGGGGCUUAAUACCUUGAGUCAUAUUCCACGACUCAAUACCCAGGGACAAGCUGUUCAACCAGGUAAGGGACGACCGAUGCAGGCUUACAAAACCUCUGAUGGUCGGACAUUUCAUGAAAGCCUUACGGAUGUGUUGUCAAUGACGCCAACCUUGUUGUCAACCCAAGAUCUGCCAUUUCAAGGUGUCCCGGACGAACGAGCUAUGGAUAAAACGCUAGCAAAUAUUAAUAUCAGAGCUCAAGAUGCUACUUUACCUUUACACCCCAAUAGGUUGCCCUCUUUCCAGGCUUCUCAGACUAGACCUGCACUAAAAGAUCAAGGAGCUAUUGUCCUGAAUGAUUUCGAUGGGCCCGAUGACCUCCUCAUUCCUAGACUUCGUGAGAUCGUUACAGAUUAUCCAGACACCAAGCGCAACUAUGAGGAAAGAAUUGAUGCUCUUGAGAAUGCAUCCUUUUCAAACACUGGUUAUGAGGAGGUUCAAGUGGAUAUGAUUAAUUAUAAUGAACGUGUCUAUGAGCUUGAGAGCAGAGUAGAGGAGCUUGAAAAGGCUAAUGCUGUAGCUGACGAGAGCAGUAUAGGUACUAAUAGAAACCUGAAUGAGUCCUUCGAUUCUCAGACAAACAAGACAUCCUCUGCUCUCGUAUCGAAUGCAAUCGACCAGUCUAAUCUUGUCUCCCGUGUGGGAAGCCUUGAAGAUAGACUCACUCGCAUAGAAGCUGUUCUUCCACCAUCGUGGGCUCGACCUUGGGAGAUUGAGGUAGUUUUUCUACCAUAUGGACCUGACAUGAUGGGAAUUUGGUCUACAAAUCACUCAAUGUCUCAACGCUCAAGGAUUAAUAGUUGCGCGUCUGAAGAUUGGACUCAGACCCAAAAGAACUUUUUGGCUGCUGCGCAAGCCUCACUUUGUGACCAAGACUAUUCUAUAUCCUGGGAGAGGAUGUUGAAGAAGAGUGAUAUUGACGAUCGCACUCUUCUCAUGCCUAAAGCUUGUAGUGCUGCUAGUACGAUCAAUGAACGGUUAAAGAGCAGGGGUUUAGUGAAGGUGGUACAGGUCAAAGGCCCGGAUGCUCGAGACGUACAAGUAGCUCUCAUGUCAGCCUUUGGAGAUCUUCCCAAAAGGCUCUCUGAGGAUAUCUAUUCAUCGUCCAGACAUACUCCACUUCAAAUUCCUGCACCUAUGGAAAACUUUCUUGGACUACGCGCUGCCUGGAUACCAUUGAGGAAAUUACAUAAAACGUCAACCUUACGAUUUUUAGACCCUUCAGAGAUGGUUACUCCUGCGUUGUGGACUGUGCCAUUUCUUGCUUCGAGUGUGGCUAUGCGUACAAAGACUAUGCGGAGACUUUAUGUAACACAAGUGGAUAGUUACCUUCAACAUUAUGUCCACAGCUCAUCAGGAUGGACUUGGCAUAAACUACGUCAGCUACCUCGGGUUCGUAAUGCAGAUUCAGUAGAAAGCCAUACGCCAGAGGCUGAUGCAGCUGAGGCUUGCUGGGAGUGGGAUGAACGUCUCGAUCCGGCUGAGGACGAUAGCUCAUUCUCCACAUCUUUGAGUAUUCGACUGUCCCAAGAGGCCGAGGAUGCUGAAAUCGAACCUACUUCUCCGUCAGACGGAUCCUCCGCUGUCGACACACCUGUAGAAUCUUCUACGCCAACUUCAGUCGCAGUUUCUAGAGUCAAACAAGACCGGCAUCCGUUCAAGCCAGUUCGCACGGCUUCCAUGUCCGCCCUUGCUCCACUUGGCACAUCCCAGAUGGGUAAACGCGGGAUUGGCUCCUUCAAUCGUGAUCGUGAACCACAUUCAUCACCCAUUCAAAAUAUCUUUGGUUUGAAGCGUCGUCGUACUUCAAAAUCACCUAGUCGUCCACGUGAUACCGAGAGCAUUGACCCUCCUAGCCUGGGGCCUUCUGCAAUGCAAGAGAUCGACUCCAAGAGAGGGAUCACUCCAUCCGCAUACGCUACACCUUAUAGCAAUGCUCCUUAUGUUGAAGCGAACUUCCGUGCGAAGGGCUCCCGGAUGCAGGAAGAUGACAAGGGAAGCAUGAUGUAUGAAAUCAAUAUGGAUGAAGGCUUUGAUGAGAGUGCAUUGAGCGACGAUGGCGCAUCUGACCAAGACCAUCAACCUUAUGAUGUAUGGGAAGGUAUGGCUGAUAAUGUUCCACACCAAGACUCACAGUCAACUAUCAAAAUGAGUGCGGCUGGCCUUCGCCCACGAGAGUCCAUGGUUGAUGAUGGAGAUGAAAGUGAUAGUAGUGAUACACCAUCCGAAUAUCCAAGCACACUACCAGUUGGUGGUUAUAUUAAAAGAAGCAUUUUUCAGAUCCAUGUAGAUGAGGAUUUUGAGGAUGAACUUGGUUAAGACAAUGAAAUGAUCCGAUGAGAUAUGAUCCGAUGAUAUGGGAAAGAUGAGGGUAUAUUAUGAUUUUUCAUCAUUUCUCAACUAAAAAUAUGGGAUUUCUUUGAUGUUAUUUGAGCGUAGCGUAGCGUGGGUGUAUGGGAGUUUUUAUAGGUUAUAUGAUCAUUAUUUUGUUUGUCUUUAUAGUUCUUUGAAUCUUCUUGUGGUGGUGGUUUAUUUGGUUGCAUGUGGGAUGUGGGAUCCUGGAUAGAUGGAUGGAUAGAUGGUAAAAG